AUGCGGCACCAACCACCGCCAGCGGCGUCGGCGCAGCUCUACGGGAUGAGGCUGAAGGCCAACCUGGGCACGGCCCUACAGGUCGCCGGCGGCGACGAAUCGGCCCAAGUCCUCCCCGCCGCCGUGCGCAGUCUGGCGCCCCUCAUCCCGACUGUAGGGUCGAAGCCUCGACCCCAAACGGAUCGAUUCCAGAAGCUGAAGGAGAUGGUGGCGCGGAGAUUGGGGUCGCUGGAUCCCGAGUGGCUGCGGCGGUGCCAGGGGACGACGGGAUGUGGGAUGGGGAGGGAUGGAUGCGAAGAGGGGGUGGAGGGAUGCUGGGAGAGGGUAAUGGGGACAGUGGGACAGGGGGAGGGGACAUUGGGACCUGAAUUUGGGACACCUGGACACGAAGAGUGGACGAGACCUGGAGUGAGGACAGCAGGACAGGAAGAGGGGUCGCCAGGACCCAAAAUGGGGGCACCAGGACAGGAAGAGGGGACACUGGGACCUGAAAUUGGGACAGCGAGACAAGAAGAGGGGACAAGACCUAGAGUGAGGACAGCAGGGCCCAAAAUUGGGACACCAGGACAGGGAGAGGGGACACUGGGACCUGAAAUUGGGACAGCGAGACAAGAAGAGGGGACAAGACCUAGAGUGAGGACAGCAGGACACGAAGAGGGGACACCAGGACCCAAAAUGGGGACACCAGGACAAGAAGAGGGGACGCUGGGACCUGAAAUUGGGACAGCGAGACAAGAAGAGGGGACAAGACCUAGAGUGAGGACAGCAGGACACGAAGAGGGGACACCAGGACAGGGAGAGGGGACACUGGGACCUGAAACUGGAACGUUGAGACAUAAAAAGGGGACAAGACCUGGAGUGAGGACAGCAGGACAGGAAGAGGGGACACUGAGACCCAAAAUGGGGACGCUGGGAUGCGAAGAGGGGACAAAACCUGGAGUAAGGACACAAAGACUUGAAGGAGAGGCACUGGGACCCAAACUGGGGACACCAGGACAUGAAGAGGGGAUGCUGGGACCUGUAAUGGGGACACUGGGAGUUGAAGGGGGGACAAGAGCUGGGGUGAGGGCACAAAGACUUAAAUGGGGGACAUUGGAAUCUAAACUGGGGGCACCAGAGCGUGAAGAGAGGACGCUGGGGCCUGAAAUGGGGACACUGGAAUGUGAAGAGGGGCUGCUAAGGCGUGAAGAGGGGACACCAGGAGAUGAAGAGGGGACGCUGGGACCCGAAAUGGGGUCACUGAGACCCAGAAGGGGGACAGUGAGACGUGAAGAGUUGACACUGGGAUGUGAAGAGGGGACGCUGGAACCUGCAGUGGGGACACGGGGACGCAGAAGGGUGGCACCGAGACGGAAGAGAGGGACAUCAGGGCACGAAGAGGGGACACCAGCACCCGAAAUGGGGACAGCGGGAUGCGAAAAGGGGUCACCAGGACAUGAAGAAGGGACAGCAGGACCCAAAGUGGCAUCUCGGGGUCGGAAAAGGGGAACGCGAUGCAAAAGGGAGACGCCAGGACACGAAGAGGGGACGGCGGGGUUGGAAGAAGAGAUGCCAGGAGAUGACAAAGGGACACCGGCACCCAAAGGUGACACGGGACGGCGGCGUGGCCGCGUGCCGAAGGAUGGCGCCGCUCGGGAUGGAGCUGUGGCAAAGCCCCGAGCUGCCCGCAGGAAGAGGCCGCGCCCAGAGGAUGGCAAAGAGGAACCCACAGCUGCCCCAAAGCAGAGGAGAACGGCGCUGCCCCCAUCCGAAAACCUUCUGGGUGACUUUGAGGAGGAGGAGAAGCCCAGGGCGGUCGGCAAAACGCUCCCUGCCAGAGCUCCUCGGCGGCCCCAGGGCAACUUCGUGAGGCUCAACCUGAAGAGCAGAUCCCACGUGCGGGGCGCUGCGCUGCGGGGAAGGCAGCUCCGCAAGCAGGUGUGGAAGGAGAAGUGGCAGAAGAAGGCAGCGUGGUUCGGAGGCGGCGGGGCCGUGGAUCGGAGCUCAGAUGUUUGCUUCAAGUGCGGCGCACCUGGGCACUGGGCGGCGGCAUGCAGGGGGCGAGGCACCACUGCCCACGCACCUCCUCCAGCAGAAUCCAUCCGUCCCAACGACGAAGAAGAAGAGGAGGAGGAGGAUCCCCUGCCCACACUGGAAGAGGUGGCCCGCCGGACCAACACCAUUUAUCAGGAGCUCCCCGCAUCCGACAGAGCCGAGCUCACGGGGCCAACUCCGUAUCUGGACGUGCAGCGCCUGCCCUACGAGCCCCCCACACCUCCCGCACCUGUGGAGCCCCUCUACAGCUUGGGGCCAGAUGGGAAGCCACGAGAGACCCCCAGGGAGGUGCUGGAUGCGCUCUCUGAGUUGGGCUACAGCUCCUUCCGCCCCGGCCAGGAGGUGGCCAUCAUGAGGAUCCUCUCAGGGCUCUCCACGUUGGUCGUGCUCCCCACGGGGAUGGGGAAGUCUCUGUGCUAUCAGCUGCCGGCCUUCCUGUACCACAAACGCUCGCGGAGCAUCGCGCUGGUGGUCUCCCCGUUGGUGUCGCUGAUGGAUGACCAGGUACCUCCACGUUUCCAUCCCACUGCUCCAUUUUGAAGUGGGAGGAGUUCAACCCCAACCCCACAGCGACCCUAAAUAGAAGCAUGGAAUCAUUUGGGUUGGAGAAGACCUCCAAGAUGCCCAACCCAACCCCAACAUGGCCCUAAAUAGAAUCCUUAAGGUUGGAGAAGACCUCCAAGAUGCCCAACGCCAACGUGGCCCUAAAUAGAAUCCUUAAGGUUGGAGAAGACCUCCAAGAUGCCCAGCCCAACCCCAACAUGGCCCUAAAUAGAAUCCUUAAGGUUGGAGAAGAUCUCCAAGAUGCCCAACCCAACCCCAACAUGGCCCUAAAUAGAAUCCUUAAGGUUGGAGAAGACCUCCAAGAUGCCCAACCCAAUGCCAGCAUGGCCCUAAAUAGAAUCCUUAAGGUUGGAGAAGACCUCCAAGAUGCCCAACCCAACCCCAACAUGGCCCUAAAUAGAAUCCUUAAGAUUGGAGAAGACCUCCAAGAUCCCCAAAUCUAACCCCACCAUGUCCCCGUGUAGAACCAUACAAUUGUUAGGGAUGGAGAAGACCUCCAAGAUACCCAACCCAACGCCAACAUGGCCCUAAAUAGAAUCGUUAAGGUUGGAGAAGACCUGGAAUAUCUCCAAAUCUAACCCCACCAUGUCCCUAAAUAGAAUCCUUAAGGUUGGAGAAGACCUCCAAGAUCACCAGUCCCAUCGUGUUCCUAAAUAGGACCCUAGAAUCCUUAAGGUUGCAGAAGAUCUCUGAAAUCCCCAACCCACCACGACCCUAAAUAGAAUCCUUAGA